UUUGCUCCCACUGUAACAAACACACAGAUGAACUACCUUGGCUUAGUUAUAAAUAUUUUGUAUUAUGUUCGAGUCACCAACCGGAUAUGAGUUAUGUCAAUGUUCAACAUCCUGUUCACGUGUCCGGGAAAAACGAGUGGAGAGUUUUAUUUUAUUUUGUGAAAUAAGCAAUGGAGGCUGAGGACCUUUACAUCAAACCAGGUAACCAGGAGAGGGGCUGGAAUGACCCUCCACAGUUCUCCUACGGUUUGCAGACAGCAGCACAAGGUGCACCCAAGAGGACCCCUCUCAACAAGAGAGUGCCCCCACCUCAACUCACUGGAUCCCCCAGUCCGGUCCCAGGAACUUCUCCAACCUCAACAGUUCCAAUGACUCCUCCUACCAACCCACUGGCCCCUCCUCCAUGUAGUAUGAACACGCCCCCCCGGCCAUGUCAGGUUGCAGCCCCUCCUGGUGGGGUGAUGAUGAUGGCCACACCUCCACCACCUUGCCAUGUGGUAGAGCACACAGAGUCUGCCAGUGGCCAAUCAGAAAGUGAGCCAGACGUCGACAUCGUAGUUACUCUUCUCAACUGGGCACUGACAGCUUGUCGACACACAGUCAAAAAACAGGUGUGUGACGAUGUGGCGAAGCGCUUGAAGCUCUUUGAGGACAUGUGGAGGUCUGGGAAGUUGUCACUUCCUGUUAGACGAAGAAUGAAUGGACUGGUGCAAGAGUUGAAGAGCUGGAACUGGAACGCUGCUGAUGAAGUCCAUCGGGCUCUGAUGGUUGACCAUGUUAACGAGGUCAGUCAGUGGAUGGUGGGGGUCAAACGUCUCAUCGCUGAAACGCGCAACUUGAACUUAGAUCUUCUGCACAGACAGGAGAUAGACCAGAGUCUAGAUACCAGCAGCACCGCUAACUCCAACUAGAUCAAUAAUUACACGUUCUGAACUUUUUUAUUAGGUUGUGGCAUCCUGAGGACUCUCGGUCGUCCUUGUGAAAGCCGUUGAAAUUCUUAACUUUUAGGCUAACUGUCUUUUGAUUUUGCUAAUAUUUUGACAUGGGUUUCCUGUAAUUAUGCAAUGUGUAUAUUUUUUUCAAAUAUAUAUUUUUUAACAUUCUAUAAAUUGCAUUUGAUCGCAGUGUCAAUUGCUAUUACCGAGAUCCAACAAUUCAGACAAUACGAAGAUAGCUUUUAUCUACGUUUUUUUAAUGUCGACGUUUGAUAGUCUUUCCUUGUCGUGUCUUGUUUGAUUUAAGGUGCUUAUAUCAAAGAUGGCAGUAAUACCAUAUUUAUCUUGGCCAUUCUCUGGUGUAUAGUCUCCCUUGGACAGCCUUGUAAAAAGUAUUUUGCUGGAGCUGGGAUUAAGAUCACUUUAUUCAUCCAAUUGUACACGGUACUAUGUAUUAUUCCUGAUGCAUGAGAAAGCUUAACGCUUGACAGUUUUCAAUGACCUGCCAUCCCCCCUGUGUGCUGUACAUAAUCAUAAGAGCAAUAACUACAAUAACAAUGUAAAAGCCCAUCUGCUUAUGUUGGCAGUGGCAUUGCACUUUAAGAUGGACCAUACAUGAGAAGACAAAAUAAAUCAGAUUUGUGGUGGAAGUA